AAUAUUCUGUGGAGACUUCCAAACCUUCCAAAUAUUCUGCUUCGUGUUGUAUGUGUUUAAAGCAUGGAACGUCGGUGAGCGGAGUAUAAUUUCAGGCUUUACAACACUGCAAAAAUUGUUUUGCAGGUCUCCAAAUCCACAAUGCCAUUUGCUACCGGAGAUGAGCGGAAGGACUUUGUAGUCAUAACAGCUGCAAACUAUUUUGGACUCACACCAACAGAAGAAAUCUGUGUAAUGCUGAGCAAUGAUAUCAAUCUCAACAACUUUCUAGAUGAUGCAAGUUGUUUCACCCUGUCUGCUGUGGCGCACGAAAGUCAAUCCAGAAUGCAGAUGACAUUGGACACAAGAAUUGUCCCAAGGGAAGGAAAAGAGAAGCUACUUGUGUUCUUCAAAAUAAGACCAGAGGUCAUCACUUUGGAGAAUCUUCAUGAAAACGUGUUUGUUUCUUCAAUGGUAGAUUCUCCCAUUUCGUCUUUAUAUCAUACAAUCCAGAAAGUGUUCGCUCCAGUUCUGCUGAAAGAUGAUAAAUGGAGUUAUAAUUUUGAUCCAAAACUUCAGGAACUAAUAACACAACUUGAAUCGGGACUGCAGAGUGUGUUACAAAAGGGAGAUCAGUCUGUCAAUAAUAAAACAGAAUUCAGUGGAAACAUAGCUGAAAUUAUGAGUCCUGAAGAUGAAAUGCAGUUUUGGUCGAAUGUUGCCAAUUCUGUUGGAAGGAAAGAUGAAAAAGAAAAAGCAACUGCAUUUUGGUAUGCAUUGGAGCCGCUUGUAAAGGAUUUCAGAUCUCUAGAUUCCAUAUUCCUGGCAGAUGUUGAUGAAAUACUUGAAACAACACACAACACAUUAGAUGACCUGUGGAAACUUGAUGAUUUCAUAUAUCCACAGCAACGUAUGGAGCACUUAAUGGAUGUUAUUGGGAAUACUUUGGCAAGAUUCAUCCAGAAUAAACUGAAAUCAAUCAACCUCUGGGAAGAAGUUUAUGUUCAAGUGGAAGAACAGUUGAAUCAGGCAAUUCGUGCCUGUAAGAAAUGGAAAGUGACAUGUGAUCGACUGACAUCUUUAUAUUGGCCUAACCAUCCAUCUCAUCAAUGGAAAGGAAAACCAUUUUAUCCUAAAUAUACACAAAAUUUCAGCAAUAGGCUUCAAGAGGUUCUGGAUUUGAGAACCAUUCAUCGACAACUAACAAGGCUACUAUCCCACAAAGAACAGGAGGAGCUGAGGACAAAUGACACUUUUAAACCUUUCUUGGGACUAAACCCAGUCCAGUACAAUCCAUACACUGAACCACUGUGGAGAGCUGCUGUGAAGCAGUUUGAGCAUUCCCUCAUACUGACUGAAGAAAGGGUAGCUGGGAAACUGAAGGUCCAGUUGCAGACUGUUAAUGCAAAUACUUCACAGCUUCUGCACGAGUUCAAACGUUACCAAGAACUGAUUCAAAGACCAAGUGUGAAAAACACAUUGGUUGCUGAAAGAGAAAAUUUGUUGGGGAUGCUGAAGGAAUACAUCCAUAGUGUGAGUUCAGACUUUGGUUUGGGGAAGAACAGAGAAUAUGCCAAACUGCUGGACAUGCCAGAAGUUAUCAGCAACAUAUAUUGGGUUCGUCAGCUGGAGUGUAAGGUAAGAGACAUUGAGAAGACAAGUGCCAAGAUUUUGAAUGAUUUGCAAGGUUAUGCAGACCUCCAGAGAGCUGUGGGAGAUGUCCUGAGGGACUUGAAGGAAUACCACACAGAUCAGUUUGAUAACUGGACACGGGAUGUUGGGGCUGCCAUUCAUAACAAAACUCUCAGCUUAAUAACUGAUGAACCAGUCGUUCAGUUUGACCAAGGCAAGUUGAUGCAUGUAAACUAUAAUCCACGCUUGGUUGGAUUGGUGAGAGAGGUGCGUCAACUCAUCAUACUGGGAUACAAAAUACCAAUGAAAAUUCAGGAGGCUGUAGACCUUGCUAAGAAAUUCAUGAGACAAGCAAAAGCUCUUGAACAGGUUGCUAACUUUCACAACACCAUUGGUGACCGCAUGAUCCCAUCUCAGAGACCAAUGAUGCUGGAGGCUGCUCUGGAUUUGGCACAUUUAGUGGAGGAACAGAAUGGAGUUACAUGGAGUGAUACAGCUGCUGUGGACAAGUAUAUUGCUCGUUUGCAGACAGCAGUUGAGAGGCUGUCCAAAGAAAACAACAAACUUGCCUCUUACCAUGCCCAAAUCAGAGAUAAGGUGAUUAUGCUAAUAAACACGGACUUGCUUCGACAUCAACAAAAGUGGAAAGAAGGACUGAAAGAUAUACGGGACAUUAUGAGUCAAGUGGAAGACCAGAAAUUCUCAAACAUGAAGUCUUGGCGAGCACAUUGGGAUCAUCAAUUAUAUAAGGCAUUGGAACACCAAUAUCAAAUAGGGCUUGAAGCACUAAAUGAACAUCUUCCGGAAAUUAAAGUGGAGCUGGUAUAUCGGCAGCAGAAGUUGCAAUUUAGACCCCCUAUGGAGGAAAUCCGGAUGAAAUACUAUGGGCAAUUGAAACGUUUCUUGGCAGUUCCUAAUAAUUUUAGAGGUGUUAGUGAAACAAAUGGUCUUCUAUUUCCUACUAUUAUUGAGAGGAAUGCACAUAGGUUUGGCCAUUUAUUUGCCAAAGCUGAAGAAUUAUUUGAGCGCUUAAAUGCAGUGAAAGAUCGAUGGUUGCAAGCAGUUGCAUUGGGUUCAGUUGAUUUAGAUUCCCUGGCCGACCAAUAUCUGCAUACUUCUGAGGAUUGGGAUCGAAACUUUCGAGCUUCAAAAACAUGGAGUCAGGAAAUUGCAAAGCUACCAGCCACUGAUGAGAAGAUAGACUGCUUCUCAGUGAGCUUCCUGCCAGUUCGUGCUGAGAUUGAGUUGCACAACCGUCGGUAUUGGGACACUGUGGUUAGUUCUCUGCAGAGUUCCAUUAUGCGAGAUGUUGCAACUAUUGAGAAGUUUACAACAGAGUCAACUGAAAUACUUUCAAGGCAACCACAAACCGUUGAAGAAAUUGGUGCAGCAAAUGCUAAACAUGCUGAAAUUAUGAAGACUUCUGUAGAGAUGCUUGUCAUAUUUGAAGAAGCUGAGAAGAAAAAUAAGACUCUUGCAAGUUGGACAAAGGAGAGGGUGGAGCAAGUUAACCGUAUUGCAGCAGUAUGGGACAACUUUCAAGCCAUACUAGAUAAUCAUCAGUAUAUUCUCAGCAGACAGGUUGAAGGAAUUAAAAGUAAUCUUAUGACAGAAGUUCAAAAGCUAAUGGGUGAAGUAGAAAAGUUCCAGUUGCGCUGGGAACAGCUGAAGCCUCGGGAGACAAGCCUUCAAGAUGGUGAACCUGAGAUCCUAACUAAGAGCCUCAGUAUUCUCCAAGAAAAGAGACAGGAAUGGCAGCUACUGUUACAGACAAGAGAUAAGCUUCUGCAAGACUGUGCUAAUUUUGGAAUUGAGAUUCCUGAAUUUUCUAUAGUAGAUGAAGUUGAGAGUGACCUCAAGAAGCAUGAAAAUAUGUGGUCUCUCUUUGAUGAAUUCAAUACAGGUAUUGAAACUAUGUCAAAAGAAGAAUGGAUUGUAUUUUGUAGCAAGAGCUACAAGUUUGAAGAAUUCCUUCAGUAUUGGCAAGAAAAACUUAAAUCUGGUGUUGAGACUACAUCAUUAACUGUAAGGUUACUGCAAGAAGUUGAAAAGUAUAAGGUCAUGCUGCCAUCACUGAAGUAUAUUCGUGGAGAAAUGUUCAGUGACAAGCAUUGGCUAGAAAUGUUUGGAAUUCUUGGAAUUCCUAGCAAAUCAGUUGAAAUGCUUACAUUUGGUGACUUCUUAAAUGUUAAAGAGAAGAUUGCUGCUAAUGCAAAUGCCCUUCAGGAUCUGAGUGCCCGUGCAUCUAGUGAGAUAGUGAUCAGGCAGGCUCUAGGAGAAUUGGACAUCUGGGAAGUAGAAGCUAAGUUUUUACUCACUGAACAUAAAGAUUCUCAAGGACUGACUGUGAUGCUUAUCAAAGACUUCAAAGAUAUUCUGAACAAGGUUGGUGACAAUCAGUUCUUGCUUCAGUCUGUCAAGAAUUCUCCCAACUAUGAUAGUUUUGUUGAUAGAGCUUCAAUUUGGGAAAAAAGGUUAGCUGAUCUGGAUGAGUAUUUACGUAACCUAAAUCGGAUACAACGCAAGUGGGUGUACCUCGAGCCUAUAUUUGGGGCUGGAACACUGUCACAAGAUCAGGCUAGAUUCCAAAGAGUGGAUCAAGAUUUCCGUUAUAUUAUGGGAGAUGUUGCUCGAGACAACAGAGUUGUGUCCUUGUGCAAAAUUAUCAAUCUCCACCAGAUUCUGAAUGUACUUCUUGACCAGUUAUCUCGAUGUCAGAAGAGUCUCAAUGAUUUCCUUGAAGAGAAGCGUUCUGUGUUUCCAAGAUUCUACUUUUUGGGUGAUGAUGACCUGCUGGAAAUACUAGGUCAGUCCACAAAAGAACGAGUGAUUCAGGCCCACCUCAAAAAAUUAUUUGCUGGAAUCCACAGUGUUGUGUUUGAUGAUGAUGGCCAAAAUAUUAUGGCCAUGAAGUCACUUGAAGGAGAGGUUGUGAAACUUAACAAACACAUCAAGCUCACUCAGCAAGUUGAGGAAUGGUUGGGUAAUUUAGCAGCUGAAAUGAAGGCAACUCUGAAGAAACUUCUUAUAGAUUGUAUAGGUGACAUUCAGAAGUCUAAUUCUGGAGCUGAUCCUUUGAAAUAUCCAUCUCAGAUUUUGUGUUUAGCCGAAAGUGUAACAUUUACUGAAAGAUGUGAAAGAGCUAUUCAUUCUAAUAGUCUGGAAAAUCUUCUGGCCUCAUUAAAGUCACAAUUAGAAGCUUACACUAAAUUAGAAUUGGAGUGGGCUGAUGGGGACACAGAUGGAGAUUCGCUGGAGUUGGAGCUGAAGCUGAAAGCUUUGUUAUUGGACACAAUCCAUCAUAUGAGUAUUGUGGAACAUCUGAUUGGUGUUAGUAUCUCAUCUGCUGAGGAUUGGCACUGGCAGAGGCAACUGCGGUUCUAUAUUCGUAAGGAUGGUGUAGCUGUGGCCAGAAUGGUGGAUGCUGAAUUUGAGUAUACCUAUGAAUAUCAAGGAAAUUCACCAAAAUUGGUUCAUACACCUCUUACUGACAAAUGUUACCUUACUCUUACACAGGGCAUGAGCAUGGGACUGGGUGGUAACCCAUAUGGACCAGCUGGAACAGGCAAGACAGAGUCUGUGAAGACACUGGGAAGCCUUCUAGGCCGUCAGGUUCUUGUGUUCAACUGUGAUGAGGGUAUUGAUGUAAAAUCAAUGGCUCGUAUCUUUAUUGGCUUGGUGAAAUGUGGUGCUUGGGGCUGUUUUGAUGAGUUUAAUCGCUUGGAAGAAGCAACUUUAUCAGCAGUUUCAAUGCAGAUCCAGCCCAUACAGACAGCUUUAAAAUUUGGUCAUGGAUCUGUAAAACUGUUGGAUGAAGAAGUACCUUUGGAUCCAAGCUGUGGAAUAUUUGUAACUAUGAAUCCGGCAGGGAAGGGUUACGGGGGAAGACAGAAGUUGCCAGAUAAUCUAAAGCAAUUGUUCCGGCCUGUGGUGAUGUCACAUCCUGACAAUGAUCUGAUUGCUGAAGUGAUUCUGUACUGUGAAGGUUUCAAAUCUGCCAAGUCCAUUGGCAAAAAGCUGGUUGAAGUUUUUGACCUUUCAAGGAAGCUGCUGACAAAACAACAGCACUAUGAUUGGGGUCUACGAGCAUUGAAAACAGUGCUUGGAGGUUGUGGAAGUGUGUUGAAGGCAGCCCGUAAGAACCUUCUGAAGGAGGGAAAGGGUUCCUUAGAUGAAAAUGCAGAGAAAGAGCUUGUGGUUCAAGCAUUACGUCUCAACACUCUUUCCAAGUUGACAUUUGCAGAUUGUGCUCGCUUUGAUUCCCUAGUUCGAGAUGUAUUUCCUGGUGUUCAGUUCACUAGUUCUGGUUAUGAGGAGCUUACAGCAGCUUUGAAAGAAAGUUUCAGUGACUUAGGACUAUUCUGCAAUGAAAAUCAAGUGAGGAAGUGUCUGGAGGUGUAUGAACAGUUACAGCAAAGAAUGGGGGUUGUGAUUGUUGGUCCAUCAGGAUCAGGCAAGAGCACACUUUGUCACCUGCUUAAACAUUCCUUGAUAAAGAUGGGUAAAUCUUUAAAGCAGCACACCAUCAAUCCAAAAGCCAUGCCUAGAACUCAGCUGCUAGGACAGAUAGAUCUUGAUACCAGACAAUGGACAGAUGGAGUACUCACUCUGAGCGCUCUGCAAGUAUAUUCUGAACCACCAGAUGUGCUUUCUUGGAUUGUAUGUGAUGGUGAUGUGGAUCCAGAAUGGAUUGAAUCACUGAACUCAGUUUUAGAUGACAACAGAUUGUUAACACUGCCUUCUGGCUGGAGAAUUCAAUUUGGGCACAAUGUCAACUUUGUGUUUGAGACUCAUGAUUUGAGUUUUGCAUCACCUGCAACAGUAUCUCGGAUGGGAAUGAUUUUUCUCAGUGAUGAGGACACCCAUGUGAAAGGCUUGGUAUCUGCCUGGCUGAAGAAGCAGAAUGAGUCAAGUAUUCGGUUUUUAAUACAGUUGAUUGAAGAUUAUUUCUACAAAGGAAUUAACUGGGUGGUUCAACAUGGAGAGAUGGUGGUGGGCACAUCACUGGUUGGUGUAGUUCAGAAUGGACUGUCUCAGUUGCUUGGAGUGACCAGCAGGGCUCAGUUCACAGUGGCUUUGAUCAGAGGACUUGGUGGAAAUCUGACUCUUCCCAACAGAGAGGCAUUUGCCAAACAGGUUUUUGAGUGGACAGGCGAGUACAUCCCUGACCCUGCUCGACUGCUGUACUGUUAUUACAACCCACAGCGUGAUGGUCUGGACACAUAUACAGUGGACCAUGAAAACACACAAUUCCAGCUUGGAGCAGCCAACAUUUCUCUUCCUCUCAUCAUGACUGCAGAUGUCAAACAAACACUGGAUGUUAUUAGACCUUGGCUACAUGAAGAGACUCGACACCCAUUCCUAUUAGUAGGGCCACAAGGUUGUGGAAAAAGUAUGCUCCUGAAUCACUGGUUUCGCAAGCUGAGAGCAACAGAGAUCGCAACCAUUCACUGCAGUGCUCAGAUCACUCCACAGCAUGUUCUUCAGAAACUGAGUCAGGUGUGCAUGGUAAUCUCAAGCAACACAGGUCGUGUGUACCGUCCAAAGAAUGGUGAACAUCUGAUCCUGUACUUCAAAGACUUGAACCUUGCUAGACCUGAUAAAUGGGGGACCAGCAUGCUCAUUGCCUUCCUUCAGCAGGUGAUCACUUACAAUGGUUUCUAUGACAAGAAUCUGGAAUGGGUGGGCCUGGAAGGAGUUCAGAUUGUGGGUAGCAUGACAGGAGGAAAUGCAAUGGGACGUCACUCUCUCAGCCCACGUUUUACAUCAAUUAUGAGAAUCUAUUCGAUCAGCUAUCCAGAGCGAGAUGAGCUAAAAUCCAUAUACAAUAUUUAUAUGUCCAGCAUUAUGGGUAUAUGUCUGCCCAAGCAUCAGAUCUGGAAGUCCUCAACUAAAACUGCCAACCUUACUGGAUCCAUGGUCAAAAUUUAUGAAGAGGUUAAAAACAUGUUCUCUCCAGUGCAACAGAAUCAUUAUAUUUUCACACCUCGUGACCUAACUCGAUGGUGUUUAGGAUUUCUUCGUUAUGACCUGAAAGAGGAUGAUCAGUCUGUCAAUUUAGUGCUUGAAGUCUUAGUAUAUGAAGCUAUGAGACUGUUUCGUGACAAGCUGGUCUGUGAAGAGGAUCAGUCUCAGUUUGAUUCUAUCGUCACCAGAGUUCUGGAGUCAGAUUGGAACAGAGAUUCAUUACUGGAGAAGCUUUCUGGAAUGUAUUAUGUGACAAUGGGUGCUGGUUCAGUAAUGUCAGCUGGAUCUGCGCUACCUACAUUUGGCAAGCCACUUGGGAAAAUGAAAGCUGCAGAUUGGACUGUCAUGGUGGAACGAGGCAUUAUACAGUUCGGUCGGGAAGGACAGUCAUUGGACCUUAUCAUUUUCCGUGAAGUUCUCGACAUAGUGGCUUAUGUAGACAGAGUACUGUCUGCCCCUCAGGGAUCUCUCUUGUUGGCUGGAAGGGCUGGAGUGGGGAGAAAAUCAGCUGUAAGAAUUGUUUCCGCUCUUCAUGGAGCUAAAUUGGUUUCCUUGAAGAUGGGAAAGGCAUAUAACUUGAAGAAUUUCAAGAAUGAUUUGAAAUAUGUGAUGCAAUUAGCAGGCAUAGAAGGAGAGCAGGUGUAUUUGCUUCUUGAGGAUCAUCAGAUCACAGAUAUUGCUUUCUUGGACAUGGUGAAUAGUCUGCUGUCAUCUGGAGAAGUGCCUGGACUGUAUAAUACAGAGGAACUGGAACCUAUAAUAUCACCCCUGAAAGAUAUUGCUGCCCAAGAAGGAUUUGUAGGAAGCCCAGCAUCCUACUUUUCUAAAUGUGUGCAGAAGAACUUGCAUAUCAUCCUGAUAAUGGAUUUCACAAAUGCACAAUUCACAGUUACAUGUGACAGUAACCCAGCUUUGUACAAACAGUGCAGUAUUAUAUGGUUGCCAGGUUGGAGUACAGCUAGCAUGAGAACAGUUCCACAGCUUCUGCUGUCCAGGGCUGUUCAAGAUGAAGAAGGUAUACUAGGCCAUGAAAAGAAUGGAGAGGGAACGUUAUCUGUAAAUGACACUCUUCUUGAGUGUUUCUUAAGGAUUCACAAGGAUGUAUCUGAUAAACUGGCCACUCCUCGGCGAUAUAUCUCAUUCAUCUGCACCUACAUGCAUAUCUACACAAAAAAGAGAACUGAUAUCCAACAGAAACAACAACGACUGCAGGCAGGUGUAUCCAAACUUACUGAGGCCAGUCAUGUUGUUGAUGCACUGAAGUCUCAGGCAGCAGGACAAGAACACAAGUUGGCAGAGAAACAAGCAAAAGCAAACUCAGCACUGCAGAUGAUAACAGAAACAAUGCGCAAUGCCAACACCCACAAAGUGGAAAUGGAGUCUCUGAAGGAGCAGACAGAGAGAGAGAAUCUUCAGCUCAUGGAAAGGAAAAAGGCAAUAGAUGUGGAGCUAACAGAGAUUGAACCUCUGAUCCAAGAAGCUAGUGCUGCAGUUGGAAACAUAAAGCCUGAAUCACUGUCUGAGAUUCGGUCAUUACGUGCUCCUCCAGACAUUAUUAGGGACAUUUUAGAGGGUGUGCUGAGGCUCAUGGGCAUCCUAGAUACAUCAUGGAACAGCAUGAAAACCUUUCUGGCCAAGAGAGGAAUCAAGGAAGAAAUCAGGUCAUUUGAUGCACGCAGAAUAAAUCCAGAAAGUCGUCAAGCAGUUGAGAAAUUGUUGAUUGAAAGGAAAGAAUCAUUUGAUCCCAAGAAUGCUCGGCGAGCCUCAGUAGCAGCUGCCCCACUUGCAUCUUGGGUUACUGCAAAUGUGAAAUACUCUUAUGUAUUAGAAAAGAUUCGACCCCUUGAGAGAGAACAAUCUAAACUGUAUCAAAACAUGAAGCUUACUGAACAGCAAAUUGGGAAGCUGAGCCUGGGUCUCACAGAUGUUGACAAAACUGUUUCUGAUCUGAAAAAUCAACUGAAUACUUAUACAAAAGAAGCUGCUGAGAUUGAGAUUCAUUUAAAUAAGGCCCAGGAAACUAUCAGUGCUGCAGAGGGACUGGUUGGCAAACUGAAUGAUGAGUUUGAAAGGUGGAAAAAACAGCUGACUGAGUUGUCAAAGGAUCUGAAAGAGUUGCCAGUAAACUCAUUGCUGGCUGCAGCAUUCAUCACAUACUUGUCUAUGGCACCGGAAGAUCUUCGCCAGUCCUUAGUGGCAGAGUGGCAGGAUCAAUUGGGCAUGAAGAACUUCUCUUUCACUACAUUCCUAGGCUCUGAGAAAGAGCAACUGCAGUGGCUGUCCGAAGGACUUCCCUCUGACCAACUCUCUGUUCAGAAUGCAGUUAUCAUACUUCAGCUGGCAUGUUUGGAGGCUGGGACAUCGUUUCGUCCUUUCCUCAUCGAUCCAUCUUCACUGGCAUCAGAAUGGCUGAAGAAGCAUAUGCAAAGAUGCACUGUUGAAGUUGUGUCUCAGCACAGUGAGCGCUUUAUGACCACUCUGGAACUUGCAAUCAGGUUUGGAAAAGUUCUAAUCGUCCAAGAAGUAGAUAGUAUUGAUCCUGUACUUUUCCCCAUUCUCCGAGGAGAUUUCAUAAGUCAAGGUCCAGGGAAGGUGAUUCAAGUGGGAGACAAGUUAAUUGAUUAUCAUGACAGCUUCCAGUUAUUCUUAACUACACGUAAUUCUGAGCCAGAUAUUUCCCCUGAUGUUGCUGCUACUGUUACUUGCGUGAACUUCUCCACAACAUGGGCAGGUCUCACAGGACAGUUGCUUGCAUGUGCUCUGCGUCAGGAACGGCCAGAGCUAGAGCAACGUCGAAGUGAGCUAUUGCGGCAAGAAGAAGAGCUGAAGCUGAAACUUGACCAACUGCAAGAGAUUCUCUUACAGAAAUUGGCAAAUGCUCAAGGAGACAUACUCCAGAACAAAGAUCUUCUGGCUUCUCUGAAUGAAACAAAAGCAAGUAGUGCUGCAAUUUAUGAAUCCCUGUCUGAGUCAUCUCAUCUCCAGGCAGAUCUGAACAAGGAGUGUGAUGUUUACCGACCCCUUGCUGAAUUUGGCAGUACUCUGUAUUUUGUUAUCAUAGACCUUCGAAAAGUGAACAACAUAUACCAGUUCUCAGUAAAUGCUUUUAUGAGACUGUUUCAGAAAGCAUUAAAUGGUCCCCAGGAAGAACUUGGUGAUAUGAGAACAAAGGGGCAGCAGAAGAGACUUCAGCAUGUGAUUUAUCAGUACGUCAGUCGAUCACUGUUCAAGGCUGACAGGCUCAUGUUUGCUCUACAUCUUGUCAAUAAGCUGUAUUUGCAGCAAAUUCAUGAAAGUGAGUGGGAAGUCUUCAUAGGUCAGGCCAUAUCUAACAUCAAGAGUGACGCAUCAAAAGCAAGUGACAGUCUACCAAAUUGGAUUGAAGAAGAAAGAGCAUUUGACGUUUUUGUUCUCAAGAGCGCACUUCCAGAACUAUAUUCGCAACUACAGUUAGAUGACAGGGGGUCCUGGUCAGGUUUCUCACGCAGUGGAGAAUGUGAAGACAGCUUUCCAGUGCAAUUAGCUCGCAAAUUGUCACCAUUCCAGAAGGUCCUUGUAGUGCAAGCCUUGAGGCCUGAUCGACUGCAUUCUGCACUUCUUCACUUUGCUCUUCAGACCCUAGGUCUGCGAGACCUUUCCCCAUCAGCACUGAGUCUGAAACAGCUCUUACCUGAGACGCUUGCAACUGAGCCAGUUCUUCUUGUCAUCUCUCCAGGAGCUGACCCAUCAGAGGAACUCCGUGCUCUUGCUCAUGUCACAGUUGGGGAUCAACACUAUUAUGAGAUGGCUAUGAGUCAGGACCAGGUGACUGCAGCUUUGGAUUACCUGCAUGCUGCAGCUCGACAAGGAGAUUGGCUGUGUCUAAAGAACCUGCACCUGAUGACGUACUGGCUACCAGCACUCGAGAAGGAAUUCAAGUCCCUACAGCCACAUGAAAACUUUCGCUUAUGGCUUACUGCUGAAGUGCAUCCAAAAUUUUCAGCUAUCCUUGCUCAGUCUUGUCUCAAAGUGACUUAUGAGUCUCCACAAGGUGUGAAGAAAAACCUACAGCGCACAUAUGCAUCAUGGGGUCCAGAAUUCAUCAGCAGCAAUGGUCAGGGUGACAGGGCCAAGGCAUUAUUUGCUCUUGCCUGGUUUCAUGCAGUGGUUCAAGAGAGACGAACAUUUAUCCCACAGGGCUGGGCUAAGUUUUAUGAGUUCAGUGACGCUGAUUUAAGAGCAGGAGCUGAAGUUCUUCAGAAGCUCUUCAAGAAAGAUCCAGGAAACAUCAAAUGGGAAUUUGUACAUGGCUUAUAUGAGAACGCAAUCUAUGGUGGCCGAGUUGACAACAUUUAUGAUAUCAGAGUCCUUACCUCUUACCUCAGGGAGUUUUUCAAUACAGCUGUACUCGUGGAUGGAAGAAAGACAUUAGGAUCUGCAGUUAAUGUCCCCACUGUGGCCAGUUAUGAGGCUCAUAUGAAUGUUAUUCAGCAAUUAUCAGAUAAUGACAAGCCAGCAUACUUCGGGUUACCAGUUAAUGUGGAGCGCUCAUGGCAGAGGAUCACCAGCCAUGAAGUUAUUAAUCAGCUUAAAACAUUAAGGAGGUCUGUUGAGGGAGUCAGCAAAUUUAAUAGAGAAGAAUGGCAGGUUCAGCUUACACCUAUUUUGAACCUAUGGAAGAAGCUGAACCAGGGGUCAGCUUUGAUACAAAUGAAAGUGCCACAGGUAGUAGAAGGAUCAGGAGGGAGAAACAAUGAGAUGGCACUACCAGUGGUGUUGUUUGUAACUCUGGAAUAUCAUGAUGCUGUUGUUUUAGUGCAGCAAGUGCACAAGUCCUUAGCUACUCUCAGUAAGGUGAUUCGUGGUACUAUACUACCUAGCAGUGAUGUGGUGCAAUUGGCUGACUCCAUCAUAAACCAGCAGACUCCAGAUAUAUGGCAGAAAAUAUGGGAAGGUCCUGGCGAGCCCAUGCUAUAUCUUCGAGUCUUGAUGGCCCGAGCUCUAGCCAUCCAACGUUGGAAUCUGCGAGUGACUCAGGGUUCUUUACUUUCAGAACCUAUUGACCUUUCUGAACUUUUUCACCCAGAAACUUUCCUUAGUUCUCUCAAGCAGCAAACAGCAAGAGAUUAUAGAGUGGCCUUGGAUGAGCUUCAGUUAGCAUGCAGCUGGAGUAAGAGUGGACUGCCUGGUGCUCUUCUGCCUGUCACUUUGAUAGCCUUACAGCUGGAAGGAGCUGCAUUUGAUGGUUUACGCUUGUUGCCAAAUGGAGUUGACUCACCUAGUAUAACACUGGCUCCACCUUGUACAGUUGCCUGGAUGCCAAAGGGAAGUGUCCAAACUUACCAUCCUGGAGAGGCAAUUUGCUUACCAUUGUACUAUACUUCUGGCAGAGAGCAAGUUGUGGUAAGUUUGGAUGUGCCAUGUGCAGGAGAUGAUGAUAAAUGGAUUCAGACAGGAGCAGCAUUCUUUUUGAGAAACUGAAUAGCUGCACUAACUCCACCACCAGUUCAGUGUUGUAAGCUUGAUGGGACUGAUGAGAGCUAUGAAAAUCUUCAGUCAGGAUAGCCAGCCUCCAAGCUGAAAAUUGAAUCUGGAACUGGAUUGUAAAGCAAAUGAUCAUAACAUUCGGUAAUAAUAUAUUGGUGGAUAAGAAAAGACAACUUAAAAUUAUAUGUGCAGUGCAUUGACGUUUUGUGCAAGGAAAUGUUCGUGAAGACCAUGCAUAAUUCAAAACUCACAUAAUUCAAGACAAGUUUUCUCAUAGUGUUUAAACACAUAUGUGAUUCUUGCCAAAUUUUGGGGGGAUCUGCAUUAUUUCAAACUUUGUGCAUAAAGUGAGACUUUAUUAAUACAGUAUGCGCCAAAAAUUACAGUACUGAAACUCGCGCAUCUCGAACGCACGUGCAUUUGUCGAUGGGGCAUAGCUCUAGCCGCACGUGUUCCCAGUAGUGAAAAGGAAAUUGUGUUGUGCAGUUGUUGUUGGAAAUGGGUCUCUCGAUGGAGGAAAAAGUAUUCAUAGUUGAGUAAUAUUUCCGCCCAUAUGGAAAUGGUCGCCAGACAACUUGCUUCAUUGGUUUUGAGCAGCCAGAUGUUAUCAUCUAGAAACUGCUACGUAGUACACGUGUGAUGAUAUGGUGUGCCAUCUUAGCACCGUUAUAUUAGGCCCCUGUUUCAUUGAUGAUGAGGAAGGCAAUGCUCUUCCUGUCACCCAAGAACACUACAGGGACAUGGUGAUUGGAACAUUUCUUUAGGA